AUGUCUCCUGAAAAAUCAAAAGACAAAGAGGAUUUUGAAGGGAUGACUGGUGAUAUGUCUGACAAACAUGAAAACUCAGUUGAGAAAAAGGAUCAAUCCACUGACAUAGUAAAUAUAGAGGAUUUGGACUCUGAUGAUGUACCCAUUGGUCAAAGACUAGCUCCAGGAAUAACUAAAAGAUUGAAGAACAAAAAAGGUCAAUUUGUUGAAUCCUUUAGCACGCCCUCCAAAUCUCUCAGGAAAAGAGCUAGUGUUGGCCCUAUAAAAAGAUGGAGCAAGGUUAUCACUCACGUUUCUAAGAAGAAAUCCAUUAAGAGGAAGGAAGUUCCUUCUGAGUCUAGUGAUUCUGACCAUGACGUCGAACACAAUGGAACCAUCAAUUUGUCAGUUGUAGUUGUCUACCCAGAUUUGGAGAAGUUCGACAAGAGGAACACUUACCAGUACAAACUUAGAGACUCUAAGUUUGAUGAACUAAGGAAGCUUGGUGAUUUCUUGAUUGAUGACCAUAAAAUGGCCUUCAAGAAGGCAUAUGGUAAUUUGGUAGGGGUUCUGUCUACUAAGGAAGAUACAAGAUUGAUCCUCACUUUCGCACAAUUCUAUGAUCCCACUUUGCAUUAUUUCACAUCCCAGGAUUUUCUUAUGGCUCCCACGCUAGAAGAAUUUGCUCACUUACUUCAUCUACCGGUUAAAGAUAAGUUGCCUUACAUGAACGAUGAUAGUUUCCCAGAUUCUGCUGUGAUUGCACAAGCCCUGCAUCUGAAGAUAGAUUUGAUUGAUUCUAGCUUUUGGGUCAAAGGUAAUGCCAAGGGUUUUCCGUCCAAGUUUUUGUUCGAGAAAGCCACUUUAUUUGCUAAUAGUGGAAGUUGGGAUACCUUUUAUGCUAGUUUUUCCUUGCUUAUCUAUGGUUUGGUGCUAUUCCCGGGUGUUGAAGGGUUCAUUGACAAAGUCACCAUCACCAUUUUUAUCUCCAAGAUUCCAGUGCCCACGUUGUUAGUUUAUGUUUUCCUCUCCUUCCAUUGGAGAAAUAUGAAGAAAGGUUGGAAUAUUAACUACUGUAUCCCUAUACCCCAUAAGUGGAUCCUAACCCACAUUCAAAAGAGAGGGUCGUUUGCUGAUAAUGUUGGAGUAUUGAAAUGGCCGCAUAGGUUGAUGUCUUUGAAUACUGGUGAUGUUAUCUGGUAUAGUCAUGAUUAUAGUAGGGUUGAACCAAUCUUUCAUUGUGGGGAUUUCCAAAAUGACCAUCUUAUCAGUACUAAAGGGGGUUGA